UAUCAACGCCCGGGGCUUUUGGACAAGGCUCUUGACAGCCUCGACCUCGGCAAAAUUUACGGCUAUGCAGAUGACAUUGCUGCACAAGAUGACUCCAAGGAGCUCGGCCACCAAGACUGCGUCAUCAGGGGACUCCUCAAGUACUUCAAGAAAGACUUCUUCACCUGGAUCACCGCCCCCCGCUGCUCGCAAUGCGGCGGGGAGACGGAUGCGAUUGGAGCGCAAAUGCCCAGCGCCGAAGAACAUCGCAAGGGUGCUGGCAGAACGGAGAUCUACCGAUGCAAGACACAUCCGCAGAGCCACGUGGAGCGCUUUCCGCGCUACGACGACCCGGAGACUUUGUUAGAGUGGCGCAAAGGUCGGUGCGGCGAGUGGGCCAACUGCUUCACACUGUGCUGUCUCGCGCUCGGCAGCCGCGCUCGCUGGGUUUGGAAUGCUGAGGACCACGUCUGGACCGAGGUCUGGAGUGAACGGAUGGGGCGAUGGGUACACUGCGACGCAUGCGAGGAAGCUUUCGACCAGCCACAGUUGUAUGCCGUGGGGUGGAACAAGAAGAUGAGCUACGUGCUAGGUUUCAGCUCUGAAGGAAUGCAAGAUGUCACCAGAAGGUAUGUCAGAAAAGCAGAGCACAAACUGCCGAGGCUCAAAGGUCCAGAGGCAGACCUCAACCGGGCACUGAAGGACGUGAACGACCGUUCUCGGACUGAAGAGUCUGUUGUGAGACUGGAGGCGGAGGAUGAGGCGGAGGAAAAGGAAUUAUCGGGCUAUGCGGCGGGUGAAAUACCAACGGUAUCUGAGGAGGAGAGACCACGAGAGAGUGGCAGUACGGCGUGGAAAGAGGCGAGAGGGGAAAUGGGAAAG